GUUCAGAGUGUUCAGCACCAAUACAGUUGGGUGCAAUUUUAUAUUUUAGGAAAAAAAUGUCGCGUAAACGAAAAUUAUCACAUAUAAAAGAAAGAUGUCGUAUUUGCCUAGUUGAACAUGGAUGUAUGACUAAUUUAUUUGAUGAAGUUCUACAAUCAAAACUGCAUGAUCUGACUAAAUGUACUUCUGUCAAUAUCAAAGAAGAGCAUGGCUUGCCUGAUAUUAUAUGUCAUAUAUGCCUUUACAAACUGGAAAUGUGGAGUGAAUUUAAAGAACAAUUUAUACGGUCAAAUCAAAUGUUGUUAAGCCAAUUGGAACUUAUAGAAACUUCUGAUAAUGAGAAAAAAAUAAAAACGGAUGUACCACCACUAAUACCUUUACAGGUCACAAAUGCGGACAAUAUAACGGAUCAAACAAUACUUAAAGAUAUGUACAUAUCUGAAGAUGACGUUACAUCUUCGAAGGAUUCCUCGCAAAAACCUCAUGAUGCUUCCAAUGACGAUAAAUGUAAAAACGAUGAAGGACAGGAGAAUAAAGAUAAUAUUCAACCAAAACCAACCUUAGUUCCAAUGAAAGUGAAACCAUUAACUGGAAGGCGUAAUAUAACUGAACGAAGAAAGGCAUCGACUAAAAGGUGGGUUGCAAGGAAAAAGGCUCUUCUUGCAGCGAUUGGAGAAAGUGUUUCAGACACAGAUUCUAUGGCUUCGGAUGAUACGCAGCUAUCACCAGUGCAGAAGGCAAGGGCAAAAACAAAUAUGGAUAAAGAGGUCGAAAAGCAAAGAAGAUUAGCCAGAGAAUUGAAGAAUUUGGAGACCAAUUUGACAGACAAAUAUAAACACGAUUUUAUGAGUAUCGAUAGCGAUUCCGAUGUGCAUAGAACGAGAUCUCUUAGAAACAGAAAUUCUGAUAUUUCCUCAAUCGAAGGAAAAAAUAUAUCUGCGAAAAAAAGUGUUGAACAAGAUAAAGUCAAGAAAGAUAAAUUUUCCGAGGACCUAAAGGAAAAAGAAAUUUCUCCCGAUUCACUGCCAGAAAAAGUUGUUCAAGAAAAAUCAUCAAAAAAGGAUAAAGUAGAAAUAACUGAAAAUAAAUUUUCACCGUGUUCAGUAAAAUCAGAAUUAGAAAUUGGAGAUGUUACGUACAUCGUUACUUCUACAUUAACGCUCGCGGAAUCUCAUUAUUUGAAUAAGGAGAAUUUAAAUACUUUAUCGAAGGAAUUCAAGAAUGGUAAUAUCGAACAAAAUUCUCAAGAGAAGAAUACCGAUAUUAUCGAUGCUGUGCAACUUCGUAGAAUAAAUCCAGUUCCGAUAGACGCUAAUAACAAAAAAUGUAUCGAAAGAUGUCUGAAUAUAGAAGUGGAGGGAACAGAAAUAGAGGCACUAAAGCACGUACAAGUUGAAUUAGCUAAUUUCAUAGAAAAAGAAUUCAGAACAAAUAACGAGGAUACAAAAAAAGAUAAGAUAGUACACGAUUAUAAAACUUCGUAUCAAACUUUGGAUCAACAGUUGAAAAUUAUCGUAGAAAAGACCAUAAAGAAAAAUUUCGAAUCGUCUUUGAUGAGAAGUUGUGGCACUGAUUUUAAUUCAUAUUCUCAACCAGCUGGAAGAGUGUCGCCAACGUUUGUAAAAGAGGCAAUGAACUCCAAAAAGUAUCAACCGAGAAUUGUAUUAAAGCGUUUGGACAUAAAAAAAGAAAGUAAAAUUCGUAAUAUUAAUAACAUGCACGUUCUGAUUAAACGUACAGUUAAGAAUAAACUUGGCGGGCCAUUUAGUAUGGUUUCUCACAAAAGACAAAGCGUCCCGCCAAUAAGAUAUAAUGACUACAAUACUUCCGCUUUGGAUUCUGAUUCUUAUUUAUCGGAAGAAACUUCCGAAGCAUCUAGAACAGAUAAUAAUAUACCAAAAUCACAAGAUAGUAAAGUCUCCAAACAGACAGAAGAAUCGAAAAUUGUGGAUUCUAGUAAAAGCGAGCAUAAACUCGAGAAUAUUUUUAAAAUUAUCUCACCACACAGUGAGAAACAUAUAUGUGGUGUAUGCGAACAGUCGUUUGCUAAUCGUAGCGAUGCCGUGGUACAUGUUCGUAUGCACAAAACAGAGACUACUAUGUCACGACACAGCAAACAUAAAAUGAUGCGAUGUAAAAGAUGCCACGAAAUAGUAGAAGCAAGAUUUGUAAAGGCUCACGUGUGCAAAUCGAAGCAACAAACUCACAAAUGUUACGUGUGCAAUUCGACAUUUCGAACUGAGAAACUUUUGGUACAUCAUUUGGAAAGCCACGAUCAGUCCGAAUUUACAAUAGAAAAUAUAACAAAGGGAGAAUCUCAGAAGAUAACGAAUGCGAGUACAUCGCAGAAUUCCAAAGACACAUUGUAUUUAAAGUUGGAAAAGGGUCAAUCUUCAAAAGCAGAAAAUUAUCUAAUUACAAAGUCAGAGAGCUUAAGGACAGGAUUAAGCAGUGAGAAAAUCGGAACAAGUAAAGAAAAGGAAGAUACUGCUUCUGGAGCAGAGAAACCAAAGGAAACAUACAAUUGUUUCGUAUGCGACAAAAUAUUUACAGACGAGGAACUACUGAAGGACCAUUUACAAAAGCAUUGCGAUGAUGUGAGCGAGGGUGACCAAAGCCCUGGCAAAGAACAGUAUCAAUGUGCAAUUUGUGGUGAUUCGUUAGAAUCUGAAGAUGCAUUGGAAGCACACGUAGAGAAACAUUUAUUCGACGAAGAGGAUGACAAUCCUAAUCUAAUUAGUAUCGCUAAUGAAAAUGAUAAAUCGAAGGAAGAAGUUUAUCAAUGUUUGCAAUGUGCAGAAACAUUUAAUUCGGAAAUGUUACUGGAAAUGCACAUGCAGGCUCACGAGGAGGAAGCUGCUAUAGCAGAAUGGGAGAAACAAGGAAUAAAAGCUUAUGAAUUUCAAUGCAUGAUUUGCGAUGAAUUGUUUGAAACAGAGGAAGAUUUAUCUGAACAUAUAGAUAUACAUAAUGGAAAUGCGCAUGUUUGUCAAUUAUGUGAUAAACCAUUCUCAAGUCUUGAGGACUUGCAGAAACAUGUUGCCACUCAUUAACGUGUAGCUCUUAAAGUUAAUUCAUUUAAAACGUAUAGACUGAGAAUUAAGUUAUCACACGUAUGUAAUGAUUCUUCAAUUUAUAAUGUGAUCAACAAAAUUUUUUCAUUAAUAUAAUAUAAAUAUGUACAGAUAUAUUAAAAAUAUUUUUUUAAGUACACGUAUACGUUGCUUCUAUUUAAAUAUCUAUUGGAUUGUAUUGUGCUUAUAUUACUUCUGAAGGAUAGAGCUAAUAUUUCCGACAUUCAUACACCUAUGAUUUUAGAAUUAUUGAUAGGUCAUUAUUUUUGUGUAUGAUUAUUCACAAAUUAUAAAAGAUUCAUCUAUAUGUACAUAUGCUAUAUAAUAAGCUAAUAUUUCAUAUGUACAUAUGACUGUAUCGAAAUUAUGUGUAUAUUUGUCUGUAAUAUCGUAUAUAAUUUUAUUUUCAAUGUAUGACAAACUUGUAAUAUAAAAGUUCCGUAAUAUUUAUCAGAGUGGAUUAGAAUUAGAAGCGACAUGUAUAAAUUUUGUUUUUUUUUUUCAGUGAUAUUUAGUAUAUAUGAAAUUUAAUGAAUAUGCAAAUAUAUAAUUUUUUUACGGUAGCAAAAAAACUGUUUACAAUAAUAUCUUGAAACAAUGAUGUACGUGUUUUUUAAUUCUUAUAGCCAUGAUGCGAGUUUAUUAUAGUCUACAAUUGCUUGUAAACUUAACUGACGUUUAUGAAAAUGUAUCGCAUAUUUAUAAGUGAAAACAGUCGCUGUAUCUGAUAUAUUAUGUAAUAUUUCGUAUAUAUGCUAUUUAUUAAGUUAUACAUAAUAAAUUUUAUACACAAACUAUAAUCUAUUUAACAACAUCAUGGAAUCGCGAACACUCUUUACAGAAAAUAAUUUGGAGGACUAAUGAUGUAAACAAUUACAAAAAUCAGUCGCUGGCUGAAUUGUAAAUGUUAUUAUACUCCUACUAUAUUUACAUAAAUACUGUGUAUAGUGACACGUUAUUUACUCGUGACGAAUAAUUAGCAUUUAUCACUAUAUACCAUGAAAACUUGACUUGACUUGUAAGUUGAUUCAUCUGAGCGCGUUUGCAAAAUCAAAGAGACUUUAUUAAAUAACAAAUGACUUUGUUAAUGCUAACUCGCGAAUUUGUCUUGUCGAAAAUUAUAAAUGCUUUCUUUCUCGAACCAUUAGCAUCUAUAGUUCGUUCAGUUUUGUAAUUACUCCGCAGUGUUGUUUCUGUUUUUAAAACAGCGUCUAUAAUACUACAAAUAUUUCUUGCUUGAAAGCAUGUAUUCAUGAAGGUACAUCGAUUAACUUAACAGCAAGUAAUUUGUUGCAAUACGAAAGAACGUAUUUAAUAAUUAAAAUUUGACAACAAUUUUGCGCUUUCACUUCCAAUUUUUCAAUCACGUUAUACGUCUAUCAGAAAAUGAGUAAUGAUUAUAUGAAAUAUCUUCAGUAUUAUAUAUUUCAUUUGAUAUAAAAUUUUUCAAUUAUUAAAAAAGAUAUUACGAUUGCAUUUUCUCAUAAACGAUCAUUAAACAUUGCUUUCAUAUAAGAAAUUAUGUACAAAAAGCACAUUAACCAAUGACGAAAAUUCCUCGAAAUUCCUCCAUAACGCAAAUAUUCUCAUAGUAUCAUAACUUUUUUAUUAUAUAAUUAUAAUUUCAUUUCUUAUAUUAUAUAUAAAUAAUUCUCCAACUUUUUUUCUCAACAAUAAAAGAUUGUAAUUAUUUAAAAAAAAAAGAAAAAAAGAAACAGAAAAAAGAAAAAAAUUGGGCAAUUCUGGGUCCCAAAUUUAUUCGUUUGGUACAUCUCAUGUAUUUGCGCAUUCUCCUUCGCAUUUCUUGCUGAUUCGAACCAUCAUAAAAUCUCAACUUCGUUAAACAAUUGCAACUUUACAUACCAUUACGUUCUUAAGUCUAUUAUAUACAACGAUACCAUUCGGAAAGAAUAGGUUUUAAUAGUAUCAUUUGAAUAACAAUAAAUUAAAUAUACUUCUCGUCGCAUUCGCCAAAAUAUUUCAUGGCAACGAUGCUAAUAAUGAGUCGAAAAAUGUUUUUCCUUUUUCUUUUUUUUUUU